AUGGGCAUGGGAUGUGUUGCAGGAGGAAUUCCAAGGAUCGAACCAAGCCAUUGUUGUCAAAGUUCAAGCCUUAAGAAGAGAUUUGAGAAUCUCACAAUGAAGACCACAGAGAAGGUUGUUGAUUUUUCCACUCGUGCCCAGACCAUUGUGAACCAACUGAGGGCAUAUCGAGAAGAAGUGAAGGAGCAACAAGUUGUUGAAAAAAUCCUAAGGAGUCUACCAGAAAUAUUUGACCCAGUCAUGAUAGCAAUUGAAGAGUCAAAAGACCUAAGUAACUAUUCCAUUCAUUACUUGAUGGGAUCACUUUUAUCCCAUGAGCAUACAUUGGAGAGAUCGAAGCCCAAAGCAGUUUGGAGCAAGCCUCUCAAAUGA